CCCUUUCUUUGCCACUCACUCACCUACUCCAAGCGAGCCCAUCAACCUACCUCACCAUGAGUCGCCUUCUCGCUAUGCUUCUCCUCCUCCUCGUCUCCUCCUCCGUCUCGACCUCUCAUGCUCAGUUUCUGGGCGGCUGGCAGCCCAUCCGGGACCUCAACGACCCCCAUGUGCGUGAGAUCGCCGUGUUCGCAGUCUCCCAGUAUAACGUUCAGGAGAACAAGGGUCUCGAACUCUCUCAGGUGCUGGCCGGUCAGAAGCAGUUAGUGAGCGGGAUGAACUAUAACCUCACGCUGAAGGUGAAGGAUGGAUUAUCCACGGCUAAGUACGUGGCAGUUGUGUACGAGUCCUUGAAGGGCGAGAAGAAGCUCGAGUCCUUCGUGCUGAUUCCGGAAAAAUUCGGUGGUUGGACUCCGGUAGACGUUAACAACCCCCACGUCCAUGAUAUCGCUGUAUUCGCUGUCUCCGAGCACAACAAAGAGGCGAAGGAGCCUCUGACCUUGGUGAACGUGGUGCAAGCUCAGAGCCAGGUGGUGGCCGGGGUCAACUACAAACUGCUGCUGGUGGCCAAAAACGAGAAGGGCGCGUCCGCCGGAUACGAGGCGGUGGUGUGGGAGAAGGAAUGGGAGAACUUCCGGAAGCUCACCUCCUUCAAGCGGCUACUCACGAACUAAUUAAUGCCUUAUCCGUGUCCGUGUCGAAUAAAGGAAGCUGAAAGCUUGAUGUUGUGUCAGCAGUAUUCGUACGUGUGUCGAAUAAGUCAUCGGCCUACAACGCUGAGAGGCGAUGCGUUGUUCCUUUGCUGAUGUGGUGACGAAUAAAGCCUGUGUUAUCACAA